AUGGGAGGUAGUGGCUCCAAAACCAAAGGUUAUUGGCCUUUUGCUGGUUCAGGCAGUGUUGAUGGUGAUCCAACCAAAGAGGGAGUCGAUGAACAGUCGCUGGCGAGGCUCCGAAGUUUCCGAAAUGCGACGCCCUUCGUGUUUACCAGACGGAGGUAAAUAUAGCAUCACAAGUAGCUACAGUGCAUUCUGAAAGUAUUCAGACCUUGACUUUUUCCACAUUGUUACGUUAGACUUAUUCUAAAAUUGCUAAAAUUGUUUUUUCCCCCUCAUCAAUCUACACACAAUACCCCAUAAUGACAAAGCAAAAACUGGUUUUUAGAAAUUGUAGCAAAUUUAUUUUAAAAAACAUCCUGGAAAUAUCACAUUUACAUAAGUAUUCAGACCCUUUACUCAGUACUUUGUUGAAGCACCUUUGCAGCGAUUACAGCCUCGCGUGUUCUUGGGUAUGACACUACAAGCUUGGCACACCUGUAUCUGGAGCUCUGUCAGAGUGACCAUCGGGUUCUUGGUCACCUCCCUGACCAAGGCCCUUCUCCCCCGAUUGCUCAGUUUGGCCGGGCGGCCAGCUCUAGGAAAAGUAUUGAUGGUUCCAAACCUCUUCCAUUUAAGAAUGAAGGAGGCCACUGUGUUCUUGGGGACCUUCAAAGAUGCAGACAUUUUUUGGUACCCUUCCCCAUAUCUGUGCCUUGACACAAUCCUGUCUCAGAGCUCUACGGACAAUUCCUUCGACCUCAUGGCUUGGUUUUUGCUCUGACAUGCACUGUCAACUGUCAAUUGACCUUAUAUAGACAGGUGUGUGCCUUUCCAAAUCAUGUCCAAUCAAUUGAAUUUACCACAGGUGGACUCCAAUCAAGUUGUAGCUCAGUUGGUAGAGCAUGGCGCUUGCAACGCCAGGGUUGUGGGUUCGUUUCCCACGGGGGGCCAGUAUGAAAAUGUAUGCACUCAUUAACUGUAAGUCGCUCUGGAUAAGAGCGUCUGCUAAAUGACUAAAAUUUAAAAAAGAUCAAUGGAAACAGGAUGCACCGGAGCUCAAUUUUGAGUCUCAUAGCAAAAGGUCUGACUACUUAUGUAAAUAAGGUAUUUCUGUUUUAUUUUUAAUACAUUUGCAAAAUCUCAAACAAUGUGGAAUAAGGGAAGGGGUCUGAAUACUUUCCGAAUGCACUGUAUGUCAUCAUAACAUAAUGCACAUGCUACUGUCUGCUUCUCAGGAUUAAGCAAGGCUUGGAUUUCCCAAUGCCUUAUGCCCCUUUGAUCUGAAGCAAAUAUUGUACACUUACAAUAUAAAGGGUACACUAUUGUGUAUCUUUCUAGAAACAUCCCCUUACGAUGUCAGUAGGCAUAAUAAUCUCCGGGAGUGCACAGAUCAACACAUGGCACAGAGAGCUUAUAUUUGACAUCCCUUUCUAGCUCUGUGUGGCAGUGCGCAAGGGGAGGGGUUUACCGAUGCCACAGCUGUAGAGGGUAGACAUUUGUCAUGCUCUUAUAUCUCUGGACCACACCUAGUCUGAUUUAAUCAGGCUGUAAUACACAAUUAAUUGGUAUAUACAGCCUAAAACGAAUGCUUGCAAAAUCGUUUAAAUGUUCCUUACAAGACAAUGUUGAAUGAAAUUUGUCCUCUGUAGCUCAGCUGGUAGAGCAUGGCGCUUGUAACGCCAGGGUAGUGGGUUCGAUCCCCGGGACCACCCAUACACACAAAAAAAAAAUGUAUGCACGCAUGACUGUAAGUCGCUUUGGAUAAAAGCGUCUGCUAAAUGGCAUUUGUUAUUAUUAUAUUAAAAUUACAUUUAAACUUAGUCUACCGGUUUUCUGUGUGGUUUGACCUUCAGCCUCUAGAAAUUUGACAAAAUCUACAGGAAAGGAUUGUUUACCCGACUGUUUAGAGAGCCAGUAGGUGUAUGGUUCUGUUCAGCACCAAAGUAAAGUUUGUUUUAUAUUGGAUAUUCGGUUUUCUCUCAUCAAUAGCUAUUGAACCAAGCAUGCCAUGACAAUGAACAUUUUAUAUUCUGAAUCGGGAGGAUGGAGAACAAUUCACGUGUUUUUUUUGUAUUUUUUUGCACACAUUGGUGUCGAUUUGUUCUCCAUCCUCCCCUGAUUCAGAAUAUACCAUUUUCAUUGUCAUAGAAUGCCUGGUUCAAUAGCUAUUGAUGAGAGAACAGAAUAUCGAAUAUAUAAAUCAAACUUUCCUUGGUACUGAACUGAAACAACCGGCUCUCUAAAAAGUUGGGAUAAACAAUACUUUCCUGUGGAUAUUGUCAAACAUGUAGAGCAGCUGAAGGACAAACCGCACAGACAAUUGGUAAAGUACGUUUAAAUUACAUUUUAUUCAACAGGCAUUAGUUCCAGGCUGUAUAUACCAAUUAAUUGUGUAUUACAGCCUGAUUAAUCAGACUAGACCACACCCAGCAGUAACCCUUAUGUCUUAUCUGCCUUCAGCUCCCUGUACUUUGACGAGGAUGGAGACCUGGCCCACGAGUUCUACGAGGAGACGGUUGUGACGAAGAAUGGCCGCAAGAGGGUCAAACUGAAGAAGAUCCAGAAAAACCUCAUACCUCAGGUAACAGCCCCCUCUGUCAAACCGUUGGAAUACAAAAUUCAGGGGUGUAUUCACUAGGAAGCAAACAGGACGAAACGGGGAAGUUCCUAUCUGAAUUUGUCUAAUAGAAACUCUUGUUUUUGUUGCAAAAUAGUUUGCUAUAGUGUGCACUAAUGAAUACACCCCCCUGAUUAAACAGCAAUUUGGUAUUUUGAUGUCAUCCUCUAGUCCUCUAGUAUACAUGAUUUAAAUUGUCCUGCCCCCAGACCAGUAUAUCCGAUAUGGCAAUAUCCUGAUCACAUAUCUGAAUGUUUCGGUAACUAAAGAAUAAUCAUGAUGCUUUAGUUUUAUUUGUGUUCAUCAUUCCGUCUCUUUCGGUUCCCCUAUAGGGAACCAUAAAGCUGGAGCACCCCUGCAUCCAUGUGGAUUUCCCUGUCGUUCUGUGUGAGGUUUGAUGAAGCCUGGGGCCACGUUUUGAGACCAGACUCAGACUAGCCACGGUGUCAACUCCGUCCCCCUGUUUUCCUCUCCACCUAUACUUUACCCUGAAGCCCUCCACCUACCCUCCUCUAAUCCACCAUGGUCUCCCCGUGAUGAUGUUUGGCCGGAACCCUGACCUGUGAUGAUAGACAGGCUGUCUAAACACAUGGUGUUGAGCCCCUGCAUGUGGACUCUGUAAAGUGUGGCCCGUGUGCAGUCACGUUACACACAGUAGUAAGUGGCCACUUACGGAGACUGUCGAUCUGUGAAACACCUCAGAUAAGUUGGAUGCUCCCGUUACCCUCAACCUAUUCAUUAUAUACAGUGUGUGAGUGUUAGUGGAUAUGGAAUGAAAUGUGACAACCGCUUGUCUGCUGGUCUCGCAGCAGCAGUGUGUGCUCUGGUAGGAUGAUCCAUUGUACUUUGUAAGGAGAAUGUAGUAGGACAAUUUGAGUUGAACCAUGAGCUGUUAAGUAGAGUAGUGUCUCAGAAUAGGCAUGCAGUCCUAUAUCUGUAAACCCCGGCCUAUAGAGUUAAUUUACCAUCUAUACAGAGCUGCGAGGCGAAUGGGUAUUAAGGGGUGAGAUUUUCCAAUACCUGUUCAGUCUUCAGAGCAUCCAGAGUAA